AUGAUGAACGACACAUGGAUUCCAUCCGAAUUCGGUGAAAUCGAAGGAUUCUAUAUUAAUCAAAAACUCAUAUGGAUACCAGGCAUUAACGUGAUGAACAGCGGAGGAGCGAAUGAAGAAAUCACUUCGAUGCUAUACAGUAAUAACGAAUGGAUUGUUGAUGGCGUUGCAUCUGAAUCGCUCAUUUAUCCAGGUAGCACAAGGGACUUCGAUCACGACGUGGUCACGUUCACGUUGCGAAUCCGACGCUAUUUCUUAAGCUACGUUAUUACUAUAAUAGUACCUUCAUUCGCACUUACAAACCUCUGCGUACUUGGAAUGUUUUGGUCAAAAUUUGAUCAAGCCGAUUACCUUGCAAAAAUCGCCGGACAGGAUAUACCGAAGACUAAUGAGCUGCCUUCCUUAUCAGUGUACAUCAUGGUCAAUUUGCUGUUGUUGACUAUUGCUAUAUCGAUGGUCAUUAUUCUGUCUAAAGCAUGCCACUCGCCAAAAUUCAAAAUGUGUCGUUCGUACAAAAGGCUAGUUCGCUUGUAG